CGUCAAUUUCUGUGUUCCUUCUUUUAAGCUAGUUAAGCACAUUUCUGAAAUGAAUAGAUGAUUAUCUUUUGCGGCCGGCAAAAAUUUUGAUUUCAAUGACCAUGAUGAUGAUUGUAAUGACUGUGAUUCGUUCGUUUCGUCUUGCGAAAAAAAAAAUCAUUAAUGAAUUGUUCCGAACUGUACGUAGAGUAUGUACUGAACCGAAAAAAAACAGCAGCAAGCAAAAACUAUUUUGCAAAUGCGCAUCUUCAGUUUGAGAGAGACACACGAAAAAGUUCAUUGGCACGUCUUUUUCUGCUAUUGUCGACUGAUUAUUCUGGACUGCAUCCAACCUACACAUAUGUGAUUCACAUAUCUGAAUUAUGUGGUCGUCGUCGUAUAUUUAUUUUUUUUGUAAGUCAGUCCAUCCAACUUGAAAGUGAAGUGAAAAAAACCGGUAGACGUUUACCUUCAUUAGCACCCAUUUCUCUCUCACUUACUCUGAACGAGGUAACAAAAGAAGAACUUGCCAAAUUAGUACAAGGAUUUGACAAAACCGAGAUUUUAACAGCAGGCGGAGUAACUCUUGCUGGACAACGUCACAUUUACCUCUCUGGAACAGAUCGUGUCGUCCGUGCUAAACUUGGCAAAACUGGCGUUCAUUGUAUGAAGACACAACAAGCUGUAAUUGUUGCAAUCUAUGAAGAGCCGGUUCAGCCACAACAGGCCGCUUCCGUAGUUGAGAAACUUGGAGACUAUUUGAUUACAUGUGGUUAUUAGAGGUAAGGCACCAAGCGCGUAAUUUAACAGCACCGCAAUUGUCCGCCCAGCCAGCACCCCCA